AUGAGUUUGGACGGCCAAGAUAUAGAAGACCUUGUCCAUCUGGCUGGUGAUAUUGGUACUGUUCAUCAGCAGGUUGAGCAAAGCCCCAAUGUGAUUACCGAGCAGGAACGGAAUGAUUUGGAUCAAUUUCACCAGGAUGCCAAACAAGAGUCUCAAAUCUUGGCUCAAGAAGCUUUGACAGCAAACGAAAGUAACAUCCAGGAAUCAGCGGAAGUGAGCUUCACUUCGUUUUGGUCCUUUUUGGGCUCUUGCGGGAUAAAUCUUGUUUUGCCUUUUAUCAAUGGCGUGAUGCUCGGCUUUGGCGAGAUCCUAGCCCACGAGAUCGGUUUUAGAUAUAACUGGGCAGGAGCAAAGGUAAGUCUCUAG